GAUGCAAGUUCCGCGCUAACAAACAAACCAGGGUUGCGUUGUAGCGGCUCCCCUCUCGCCAAUUUAGCCCCAAAUAGCCUCAUCUCGCGAUUUAUAUAGUCUGCCGCCUUUAUAAGAUAUGCCGACAACACAGCCUUGAUAGAGUCCCAUUGACCGGGCCGGAAACGACAGAGAACACCUUGUUUGACCGUUUUGAGACAUACGAGCGCGAGCUAGACCACAAUUGUCGUCAUGGCUGACGCAAAAUGGUUGCGAUCCAAGAAGGACGACGAGCAGCCGGCCGCCAACAAUGACCACCUCGUCCAGUCCGACGACCCCAACCACCCGGCGAAUUUGAUUCCCUCGCUCUGCGCCAAGUUUUGGACACUCGGUUGGGUUACAGGCACCGGAGGAGGGGCCUCAAUUCGCGAAGAUGACCUCGUCUACAUCGCGCCUUCGGGCGUCCAGAAGGAGCUGAUGAAGCCCUCCGACAUCUACGUCCUCUCCCUCGCCGCACAAGCCCAGUCGCUCGACCGGCGCAAGCGCGUCUACCUGCGCAGCCCCCCCAACUACAAGCCGAGCCAGUGCACCCCGCUCUUCCUGGCCGCCUUCACUAAGCGGCGCGCCGGCUGCUGCAUCCACACGCACUCGCACUGGGCUGUGCUGGUGACGCUGAUCCUCGAGACGCAGGGUCUCGGCAAGAACCGCGAGUUCCGCAUCAACAAUAUCGAGCAGAUCAAGGGCUUCGGGCGCGGGUUCAAAAAGAGCGGCAACCUGGGGUACCACGACACGCUGGUCAUUCCGGUGAUUGAGAACACGGCGCACGAGGAGGACUUGACGGAGUUUCUGGAGGAGGCGAUGGAUAGUUACCCGGAUACCUAUGCGGUGCUCGUGAGGAGGCACGGUGUCUAUGUGUGGGGGGAUAACGUGCACAAGGCGAAGACGCAGUGCGAGAGCCUGGACUAUCUCUUCCAACUCGCCGUCGAGAUGAAGCAGCUCAACCUGCCCUGGAUCACCGACAUUGAGCCCGUGGUGCCGCGGCGGUCAUAGCAGGAUCAAUUGCACCCUAUCAGUCCCGACAAUCAACUCCGUCAUAGUUGCGCUGCCUAAGUACCCACCCUAACCAACAUGAUUAUACCCAUCCAUUACACCACAAACCCAUCACAGACCCAGUCGUAACCUAUCAUCCAUCCCUGUAACCAUUUCCGCAUUUCACCAGCAAGACUCAUUUAAGCUUUAAAGAGCCAUAACAGCAGCUAAAAACCCAGCAGCGCCCACCACGGCGGAGCCAACACCCAUCAACCCAGCGGUAGGAGCAGCGCCCACCGAGGUGGCCGAAGAGGCCGCGCCG